GCAGCGCGCCAUGCGCGGAGACAUGGCGGAGCUGGGCAGAGUGCGGCUGGCAGACCCGGAUGCUCUGCUACCCACGGGCUUCUGGGCCGCCGUGGCCGUGUGGCUGGAGAGGCCACAGGUGGCCAACAAGCGGCUGUGCGGCGCCCGCACCGAGGCCCACGGGAGCGCUUCCCUGCCCCGCGCCCAGAUAGAGAAAGGACCGCGGCGGGGCCAGGAACCCGGGCUGGAGGGGCAUGACGUGCGGGAACCCGGACAAGCUUCUCCCGAGGGAAAGCCAGGCUUAGGACCUAGGGCGGGCCGCGAAGGCAACGUCUCCGCGGCUGACCUGGGCUCUCUGUGGGACCGAGUCUCCCAAAGCCUUGCCCACGACAAUCCGGAAAUGUUGGCCUUCAUCUCUGGGCCCGCGAUGGACUCUCAACCUGAAGCCCCUCAGAAACUCGACCUGGUUCUCAGAACCGUCAUCCCGAAAGCGAACCCUCGCUGCCCGCUUACAGAACCGAAGAAAGAACUGGUGGUGCAAGAUGUCACCAGUGGGAGUGUCACCUUUUUACCCUUGGAAGAAGAUGAUGAGGGGAAUUUGGAUAUUAAGAUGAGCAAUGUGUAUCAGCUCCGGCUCCAUCACAGUGAAGGAGAAUGGUUCAUAUCUGUUUUAAUUUUCUGUCCAGAGAGGUGGCAUUCAGAUGGCGUUGUCUACCCCAAGCCUGCCUGGCUUAGAGAAGAACUGCUGUCCAAGCUUGCCAGGUGGGCCGUGGAGAACAGGAAGAGUGAAUUUAAAAGCACCCUUUCCCUGGUGUCCGUCCUGCGCUACAGCAGGCUGUAUCAGGAACUCAAAGAGAAGUACAGAGACAUGGUAAAGGUUUGGCCUGAAGUAACAGAUCCUGAUAAGUUUGUCUAUGAAGAUGUGGCCAUCGCUACAUACCUGCUGAUCCUAUGGGAAGAUGAGAGGGCCGAGAGGGGAGUCACCACCAAGCAGUCCUUCGUGGACUUAGGGUGCGGAAAUGGCCUCCUGGUCCACAUCUUGAGCAGUGAGGGGCAUCCAGGCAGAGGGAUUGAUGUCCGAAGAAGGAAGAUCUGGGACAUGUAUGGACCCCAAACUCAGCUGGAGGAAGGUUCCAUCAUCCCGAGUGACAAGACCCUGUUCCCUGGUGUUGAUUGGCUGAUUGGUAACCAUUCUGAUGAGCUCACUCCCUGGAUCCCUGUCAUUGCAGCCAGGUCUUCCUACACCUGCCGUUUUUUCGUCCUGCCCUGCUGUUUCUUUGACUUUGCGGGGCGAUACCACCGGCGGCAGAGCAGGAAGACACAGUACCGUGAAUACCUGGACUUCGUGCUGGAGGUGGGACUUUCCUGUGGCUUCCAUAUGCAGGAGGACUGCCUCAGGAUUCCUUCUACCAAGCGGGUCUGCCUCAUUGGAAAAUCUAGAAUGUACUUGCCUUCUGCAGAGGUCUGGAUGGAUGAGCAGAGGACUCGAUACCUCCACAGCAGACAGGGCCACUCCCAGAGCCCACCUGCUAAAGGAUGUAUGCCUUCUGCACCCCAGGCAGCUGCCCACGAUGCUGGUCCCCAAGACAGCCACAGGACCUGCGAUGCCGGGGCUGAGGGCAUGCCUGAUGGCUUGGCUGCUGAGGGAGGAGUAGCCCCAGCCACAGGGCUCUGGAUGCCUGGGUUCUGUCCCAGAGAAAAGACCGAGCGUGUGAGGAAUUGUGCUGCCCUCCCUCGAGACUUUAUUGACCAAGUGGUUUUACAAGUGGCAAAUUUGUUGUUAGAUGGAAAGAACUUAACCACGGGGAGCUCUGAGGACGGGAGUCUGAAGACAUGGAAUGAAGGAGGGAGCCUUUCUCUGGCGCAGGUGGCUGCAGAACUGAGCCCGGAGACUCUGCAGCGCCUGAAGCGGGAGUGUGGAGGCCUACAGACCCUGCUCAGGAAUAACCAUCAGGUGUUUGAAGUUCUGAAUGGGCAAGUUCACAUCCGUGACUGGCGGCGAGAGCUGCAGAGGGAGAAGCCUCCAGAAGCCAAGCGGAGCCUGCCUGCAGAGGUGUUCAAGACGCGCAUCUGCUGGUUCUUCACUCACCAUCCUGAUGGCUGCGUGCUGCCUGCUGCCCGUUGCCCCUUUGCCCAUGGGCCUGAAGAGCUGCGCCUGUCCCAAACCUCAAAGAAGCAGAAGCAGGCUCCCUGAGUCCCUUCCUCAGGGGUCUCCAGCUGGUGGCUCUGUGGGUCUCCUACCUGUCUCCCCUGUCCUGAUGACACCCUGUUGGGGUGAAUUGACUUCAGUGUGACCUGUCUGUGCAUAGCCACUGUCAGCCACUGGCACACAUCUCCAGGCUGCAGAGCCUGCUCAGCCCUUCUCGGACUGUUCAGAUGCCAGAGCCCCCAUGUCAGCUUCUACGUACAUGACCUUCUCAUGCUCAGGGCUGUGUGCCCAGGUUUCCUCUGCCUGGGAGCUUGCUGCAGGGUGGUCACAGGCUCCUGCAAACAGACUUUUCUGUGAGGCCAUUAUCAGAGUCCUAGAGAACAGCUUCCAGAGUCACACCCUGCCACCCUUCUUCAUCCUUACCCCUCUCUUUGGCACCCUAUCCCUAGAAGUGUUUUACAGUUUUUCCUUUCAGAAAAAAAUUAUUUCCAUUUAAAUUUAUUUUUGACCUUUCACAAAA